AGAGCAAGCAUCUCAUGCAGGGAUGCAGCAAGCAUCUGAUUGGCUGCAUAUAUACACGACAUCAGAACUGGAGAAAGCAGAGAGGAGAGGAAACACUGCGACGCAAGGAGGGAUCCCAGCAUCUCACUUCGCUGGGUAUUCAGUCCUGAGCUUCUCCCGCUGGGGCAAAUCCCCUAAAUCCCACAUCUAUUUCUAAAGCAGCGCUACUCCUCUAGUCUCUUUAGCCAUGAAUUACCUGCGCCGGCGUCUGUCGGACAGCACCUUUAUCUCCAACCUGCCUAAUGGCUACAUGUCAGACCUGCAGAAACCUGAUCUUCCUCAGCCUCCCCCUCCUGGACCAGCCUCAGGACCAGCUCCAGUGUCCCCGGGCCAGGAGAGAAACCCCAUCCAACCGCAGCCUCUGGGCACGGGAUUCUUCAGCUCCAUCACCAGUGUGGUGAAGCAGACGGCCGCCUCAGCAGGGCUGGUGGAGCAAACGCCUGUGCCUGCAUCAUCCAAGAGACACAAGCUCCUGCUGGUCAUCGAUGAACCACAACAGGACUGGGCCAAACUCUUUAGAGGGAAAAAACUGAAUGGAGACUAUGAUAUUACAGUUGAACAGGCUGAGUUUGGAGACAUCAGUGUUGUGGCUCAUGCUAAUGGAUCAUGUAACGUGGCUGUGCAGGUUCUGCAGAAUGAAAACACAGUUGUCAGGUCAUUUAAGCCUGACUUUGUCCUGAUCCGACAGCACGCUUACAGCAUGGCAGAGAAUGAGGAUUUCCGCAACUUAAUCAUCGGACUGCAGUACGCCGGUAUUCCCAGCAUCAACUCCCUGGAGUCCAUUUACAACCUCUGUGACAAACCCUGGGCAUUUGCAUGUCUGAUCAGCACAUGCAAGAAACUUGGACAGGAGAAAUUCCCAAUAAUUGAACAGACGUUCUAUCCCAACUAUAAAGAAAUGGUGGCCAUGCCGGCAUUCCCUGUUGUCGUGAAAAUCGGUCACGCUCACUCUGGUGUGGGGAAGGUGAAAGUGGAGAACCACACAAAGUUUCAGGACAUAGCGAGUGUGGUGGCCAUCACUCAGACCUACAGCACAUGUGAACCAUUCAUCGAAGCCAAAUACGACAUCAGGAUUCAGAAAAUAGGAAAUGAUUACAAAGCUUACGUGAGGACGUCAGUCUCAGGUAACUGGAAGUCCAACACUGGCACUGCCAUGGUGGAGCAGGUGGCUAUGACCGACAGGUAUAAGCGUUGGGUUGACACCUGCAGUGAAAUAUUUGAAGGCCUCGAAAUUUGUGCUGUCAAAGCUAUUCAUGGAAAAGAUGGAAAAGAUUACAUUACUGAGGUAAUGGGCUCGUCUAUGCCAUUGGUGGGGGGACAUCAGGCCGAGGACCAGCAGCUGAUAGCAGACAUGGUCAUUGCCAAAAUGAAUCAUGUUAUGGCACAAAAUCCCAAAAGACCAACUGCUAUUCAACCAAGAAAGAAUGCUCUUGAGAAGGAUGCGGUGGUUGAAGUAAAGCACGGCCCACCACAGAAAGCUCCUCCACAAGGCUGCUUGCAGUACAUUCUUGACUGCAAUGGUGUUGCAGUGGGACCAAAAUUAGUGCAGGCAAACUAACAUAACCGUGAAAGCUCGAAGCAUUUAAGCUCCUGACAGGUUGUGUUCAAACAUUCAGACAGUGACCUGAGGUGCAAGGGAACAAAUAAUCUGUAAGAAAAGUCUUAGUUUGGGCCUGAUCCGUAUUUCAGUCUGUACUGUGUAACUUUCACUGUUCUGCGCUUGUGGUGGUUGCUUUGUUUCUAUGUGAAGCAGUUGUCUCUUCAGGGUUGUUGUGUGUGGUGAUACAGCAGAUUGUGCCUAGUGUUCAGUGCCACUCUUUCCUUGUACUUAUUUUUUUCUUGUCUCAUGUCUUGUGUUAUGUUUUAGUAAAUGGUGUUCAAAGAGUUACAGUGUGUGAGUGAGUGUGUGUACCUUGUAUUCACUAGUAUAAUAAUACUGGUAAAUUUUGUCCUUGUGGGGACAUUUUUUGGUCCCCAUGAGGGAAACAGCUUAUAAAUCAUACACAACAUUUUUUGAAAACGUAAAAACGCAGAAAGUUGUGUGUGAGGGGUAGGUUUAAGGGUAUGGUUAGGGCAAUGGCAUAGAAAAUACAGUUUGUACAAUAUAAAAACCAUUACAUCUAUGGAAUAAACCCAUAAAACAUACAAACCAGUAUGUAUGUGUGUGUGUGAAUGGUGUUAAUCAUACAUGAAUGGCGACUAUAAAAUAUAAAUGAACAUUUAAUUGCAUGAUCAAAUGUGUGUGUGUCAUUGUGUGUUAAAAAGUAAGGCGUGCAUUUUCUUUUGUGACAUCACUGUUGAAAUAAUAGAUAUCAUACUGUAUGCACUUCUAGUAUUGUGAAUGUGUUAUAAAAUAUGGUGAAAUGUAUUUACCACAAUGGAUGAAAGCUAUAUUACUAAACAUCAAUCAUUUUUUGUUCUUGUUACCAAUAUGAUUGCAGAAAUGUGAUUACAUAAACAAUAAGCAAUAAAAGUAAAUCUCUGAACAAACAAUGAACCAGUUAAGUGAAUGUGCUUAACCUUCAGACAAUGUUAACUGUCAACCUUAAGAGUUCAAAAUAAAAUUAUAUUGUUUAAUUUCUCUUCAUUUAUAUUAAAUAUGCAAACCUUGUCACCAAACUUUGGAAUCUAAACUCCCCAAUUUAAGAAAACUCUUUAAAUAAACAUCACAAAAUAACAAAAUAAAUCACAUUUAUCU